GUAGAAUGCGUGGUAGAAUGAGGGUGAUAAGAAAUAAUUCGUUCACUCUCUCCCGGGAUUCUCCAUCAAUAGCUGAAGGAAUUUCCUUAAUUUGAUUGAUCAUUAAUUAUUAGCUGAUGGUUUGUUAUAGAUAUGAAGAAAUAGUCUGAAAUUAAUGAAAACUCUAUAAGACAAUGAAAACUGAUGUAGAGUUUCGUCUUGAAUAUUCAUGCAAAGGCCUUUGGUAUUUUUGCCAAAUAAGGAAAACCACUGGGAGGGCGUCCCUAUUUGAAAAGCCCGGAUGUACUUAUUCUGCCAUUUUGGGAGGGUUCACACGGAAGAGAGCGGCGACCGUAACAAAAACAAAGAGUCAUAAUCUAUUUCUGAGAGCCUAAAUUCAACAAAAAAGAUGGCUGAUGUUCAACUUGAUUGUGCCUUGGAUUUAAUGAGGCGGCUUCCACCACAGGAAAUAGAAAAGAAUCUCAGUAACCUUAUUGACUUGGUACCGGACCUAUGUGAGGACCUGCUCUCUUCUGUUGAUCAACCACUCAAGAUUGCUAAAGAUAAUACAUGUGGAAAAGAUUACUUGUUGUGUGAAUAUAACAGAGACGCAGACUCAUACAGGUCUCCGUGGAGUAACGAAUAUGAUCCAAAACUAGAGAAUGGGGCUGUCCCCUCCCCAGCCCUCAGGAAACUUGAAGAGAAUGCAAACUCUGCCUUCGAUACGUACAGAGAAUUGUACUUUGACGGUGGAGUAUCGUCGGUGUACUUCUGGGAUCUGGACGACAAGAGCCAGGUCCAGCCCACCAAGACCGACGGUCUUCGUAACUUUGCUGGAGUUGUACUAAUCAAGAAAGCUGGCGACGGUUCCAACAAAAUCAAGGGAUGCUGGGAUUCCAUUCAUGUUGUUGAAGUGAUGAUAAAAGCUCAGGGCAGGAAUGCACACUACAAGCUUACUUCAACGGUAAUGCUAUGGCUUCAGACGACCAAGAGCGGAUCAGGAACAGUCAAUCUCGGAGGAAGUCUGACAAGACAGACUGAGCAAGAUCAGCCGCUUGGUAGCGGCAACUCGCACAUAGGAAAUAUUGGCCGUAUGGUAGAGGAAAUGGAAAACAAGAUUAGGAACACACUCAACCAGAUAUACUUUGGAAAGACAAGGGAUAUCGUUAAUGGUUUAAGGUCAGUUCAAUCAGCAGCAGAUGCAGACAAACAGGCAAAACUUAAUAAAGAACUAUUCAAGGCGCUACAGGAGAGGAAUUAGUAACGAAGGGAGAGAGAGAGAGCGAGCGAAAGAGCGUCUGUGCACUUGUCUGUCUGUCUGUCCAGCAUGAUCAGCGUUUGGAACCAGUUGCCUGAAACACACCCAGCCUUCCCCUCUUCAAUCCACCCUCGUGUUUAGUACCUUACCGCACCCUCCCUGUUUUUUUAUCAGUCAAGUCAUGUCCUCCAAAAGUUUUGUGUGCAGUAUCUUUGCGAUGCUGUGUCUUUAUACUCAUGUAGUGGCAUGAUAUCAUACGUGUACAGAGCUUGAAUUAUGUGAUACAUAACAUGUGGGUUUGUUGUAAUACAUGCACGCGUAACUGUGAUUACGGAAUUUUGAACUUUGAGUAACAGGACAUAUUGCCUUUUUGCAUUUAUGAUAAACAGUACCUGAUUGACACACAAUUGAAAGCAUGUUAUCCAUUUUGUGUAGUUAUGACCUUCUGUCUGUAGUGCAAAGUUGCUAUGUCAGGAUUAACCGGCAUCUCUGUGAGUUUCAUAUCUCAUGCUUCUGUUUAAAAGUCUGGCAUCCUAGGUCCUUAUGCAUCUCACUUCAAACAUGAUUUGUGCUUCCGUAUACUGUCAUUUUAGUCAAUCUACAUACUGCAAGUUUCCUACAAGAAGCUCGCAAGUACAUGUAUAUGUAUUAUCAAUUUAUUGAAUUCCUUCUUCAAGGAAGGCAAUGAUGCGUUUAACGCCAAAUUGUUGAUUAUACGGUCUAACCUUGCUUGAGUAGCCAUUGCAUGUCUGAUGACUUGUACAUGUAUAUGGUCUCGAUUCUUGUCACCUGUAUUGUUUGUAAAAAUGUAUACUGUGCGUUUUCCACAUGCAUGUUUAAAUUCCAGAGUUCAAAUAUUCCAGUUGUCAUAAACUAUUAAAUUCCAGACUCUCCCUUGAUUCAUUGCGAAAAAAACAAACAAUCGGUAGUCAUUUUAGAAAACAUUCUUUUGUCUCAAUCGUGAAAUUUAACCUGUUUUUGGUAAGCUUUCACGUGCAAGGCAGCAAGCUGCGUCAGAUCUAUGUCGUAGAUGGUGUACUUACUGAUGCAGCAUGGCGAAUGUAAAAAAAAAAUGAUUUCUUCCAUCAUCACACCGAUUGAAUGAACCUAAUCAAGGAUCAAUGGGGAGCAAUGAAUCAAUAUGACCAUCCAACAUUUGAAUUUGUAGAGAAUAAUUCACAAUUUUAACGUAAGGUAUUGAAAGAAACUGAGGGUGGUUAGAUGAGCUGAUAUCAUAUUCACAGACAUUUUCUUCUUGUUCUUUUAUAUGGCCUGAGCUGUUUCUAUUCUAUCUUAUUCCACAGAAGCACUAUCUAUUCCUACGAAAAACAAAAGGUUUUAAUAUUUAGGAUAUUGUAGAAAUGUAGAUAUAUCUCUCCCUCUAUUUCAUUGUUGUGUGAAACAUGUAUAGAUAUCAAAGUAUUAUGUAACGUCUGUGAUUUGGUUUCACAGUCAAGUUCAAGUUUAAAUUACAUGAGAACUUCUAUGGUAUCUCAUAAAAAUUAUGUUCUGGUGUAAAUGUAGGCUAUUCUACCAAAUUGAUUAUCUAAUAAUGUAUAAUGUUGGUAUUUUGCUAGCACUUCAAAUCCAAUUGGCUUGUCUUGCCAGCAAGAUCAAGUCAACGACAGGAAAAACAAUACUGUUAUUAAGGUUAUAACAGGCUUGAUAUUGAUUGCAUUUUAGGUAACUAAUCAACUAUUAGCGUGAAGUACAUGUAAUCAAAAGGGGUAUUAAUAUGAUACAGUAUGCACGUGAAAGGCUUCCUGUGAGAUGUUGUUAACCUUUGGUUAUAGGAACCAGGGGCAUGUUUCACAGGAUUUUAAUGCAUGUAAGUGUAAAGUCUAAGUUCAUGGAAACUCCAUUGACUCAAAUUUGAGUCUAUAAUACAUGUUUCAAAUAAUGUAUUGUCUGCAAACUUGUCCAAUGAUUGUUUUGUGAAGCCUGCCCCUGGUGAUCCUUGCAGUAAACCUAUGGGGAAUUCACUCACUAGUUGUCCCCAAAUCUAGGUUAGGCAUUGAGCCCGUCUCGAUCUCUGAUUAAAUUGAGGGAUAGCAUCUUCACCACUUUCCAAAUUCACAUUCCUGUUUUAGUGCACUGCUUUCUAGAUGUUCGCUGCCUUUUAAUUGUUUAUUGUAUUUGUCAGUAUAUGUUCUAUUAUCCCAAUGGUGUGUUGACACAAACAUUUAUUUAAGAGCAUGCCAUGCUACAUGUGUAUGUGUGCAUGUACUGGUACAUUUGUACUUCUGAACACACCUAUCCCAUAUGAAUGCAAGAUUUCGAUGUCACUUUUACAUUUUGUGUUCAUUCUAAAGAUUUACGCGAAGUAUUGCGAGGAUCGAAAGAUGUCUCAUCGUGUACAUUAUGCUACCGUGUCUGUUAACCCAUUGCCCAGUAGAAACAGGUGAUUCAUGUACAAAGCAUAUAGGGCUCUAAAAAUUCAGUAGAAGAUGGGUUAACAUGAGGUGAAGCAUUGAUAAUCUAGAAUCCUUUCGAUAUUAACAUGUAAUUACAAAAUAUUUGUUUAAAAAUAAAUAAUGCAAAUAAUGCACAGGAGUUUGUGGGGUAUAAUAAAAAAAAAGUACAUGAGCUUGCUCUGGUUUCAUUGUAGCAUGUUUUAUUGUUAUUCUUUGAAAUCUUGAUAAAUAAUGCAAAUAAUGCACAGGAGUUUGUGGGGUAUAAUAAAAAAAAGUACAUGAGCAUGCUCUGGUUUGUAGCAUGUUCUAUUGCUAUUCAUUGAAAUCUGAAUAAAUAAUGCAAAUAAUGCACAGGAGUUUUGGGGGGUAUAAUAAAAAUACAUGAGCAUGCUCUGGUUUGUAGCAUUUUUUAAUGUAAUUCACUGAAAUCUGAUACCCAUUGAUCUAAUACAUGUGUGACUUGUGAGAAGAAAGGGGGGGGGGUCAUAAAGCAUCUUGUUGGUGACUCUCUCUAACAACUGUUAUAAGCUAUUUAAAUCAUUACAUCUGAUUGGCUGAGAGCAAAUUUGUCAGAGAUUUUUCACUGAAAGAUGCUCCGUGGAACCACCCCCUUAUUCUCAGCAGAAUGGUUUAGACAUCAUUGCCAGAAACUUGCAAUCCAUUGCAAGUCAAAUUUCAAUCCCAGAAUCAAUUAUAAUUUUUGCAAUUAGUCGCAAGUCCAGUCUUCUUGCAAAGGAAAAUAGAAAUUAAAUAACAAAUGUUAAAGUUGAUCUGGCAGUUGCAAACUUGAAGAUUAGUUUCUUGCAGCAUCCUCUUAGAUACAAAAAAAAAACGGCUGUAUUGUUUGUGCAUGACCUUCAGAAAGCUAAAAGUAAGGCAUCAAAAUCUAAACCUCAGUUUGAAAAUAACUUUAUUUUGGUCAAAUUAUGUUUUUCUGCCGAGUAUGUGACAUACCAUGGAAUCUUGAAAAUUGAAAUUUGGACUUGGUGUGAUAUGUGUUCCAAACGUCGCGUUUAAAUAUUCAACAAAAUUUGUUGUAUGAAGCAUGUAUUACAAUAUAUGUUGUUAAAUUACAGCCUUUUAAAGUCGGUAUACUCUACUCAGAUUACUUUAUUUGUGCUUAAAUUUCACACUUUUAUUUCUUUUGCAAAUGUAUUUUAAUAUUCAGAAGGUACACCAUAAUUUGGAUAUCUUGUUUCAUGUUUCAGUUUAAUUUUUCUUAGCCAUUCAUUUAAAAGAAAUUUAUUAUUAUUGUCAUCUUUAAUUUCUUCAAUAAGUUUUAGGACAUUUAUUCAAAUGAGGGUUGUAUAAACAUGUAUCCAGUAAUCUCCCCCAAUCUUCGCUAGCAAAGUUUAUUCAUUUAUUUGUACUCAGUUAUGAUGAUUACCUUAAAUUACAUUAUGUAGUUUCAUUAAUUUUACCAUUAUUUCUAAAAUAUAAUGCCCUACAUUUUCAGGGCUUGUUACGCCCGAUAUGAAGUUCAUACAUACGGCAUGAUUGGGGCAAUUUUCCAGUGAAAACAACACACUUGUAUCUAACUAUAAAAGCAUUGUAAUAGGGAAAAGAUUUCCAAUGUAUUUAAGCUAACAUUUAUCCUCUAUAGUAUUAUGGUGUUAGAUCAUCUUGGUAAAAUGUUCCAUAUGUUUUAUUGUUUUCACACGAUUUUGUUGCAUGUACUAAUAGCUUGCCAUCCAUAUGAAGCUAUCUGUUUUGAAGAAUUUAAUUUUGAUCUAACUCACUCCUUUAAAAAGUGAGAGUGUAAUACAUAUUUUUGUAAUGAACUAAUCAAUGGUUUGAUUAAGUCAUUCUAACCUCAACUCCAUUUGAAUAAUUUGUUUUCUGUUGGAAUAGAAAGAAGGGACCCCAAAUUUUAUUUUCUUUUUGUAGCAGUUUUCAUAUUUCAUUAUUAGGCAUGCAGUUGAGUGAGAUUUGUAUCCCACUAUCUGCAUAAUGUAUAGAAUUUAUGGUAAUGCGCAUAUAUGAUAGAUUGUAUAUAUUUCAUUAAAGAAAUCAGCUAAAGCUUUUUUUAUAUGAUUAAAUCAAGAUUAUUCUUUUUCUCAAGUCAAAUUUAUUUUGUAACAUCAGUGCAACAUGUUUUUAUCGGCAGUGCAUUGAUUUGUUGCUAUUCUUUAUUCGUAAUAAUAAAAGAAAUUCACACAGAGUAAUCACAUUUCACAAAACAUAAA